UCGAAGUGCAACAAUGACCACUGUGCGCUGUAAUAGCUGAAACUAGAAUCAGAAAAUUACAAAAAAUUGCGAAAAAACUAUUUAUUUGCAAGUGAAUGAUUCCAAGAGAAUUAAGUUGGGUUUGUUGUUAAUUUUUAGAGACUAAUUCUUCAACUCCGGGUGACGUGAAAGAUUUGUAAACAUAUAGUAUAUUCACAUCUAUAAAUACAUAAGCCCUUCUCGGAGUCACGGUAAAGUCGUGGACGUCUCGGUGAUUUAAAGGAGGAGGGUCAGGUGCUUGAACCAGGCCCGUACCCUCCAAACAAAACAUGGACGCCGUGGUUAUUGAUACUACAGAACCUCAACAAAAUGAUGAAGACGCUAUGGAAGUUUGUCGUGUAUGUUUGGUCGGCAAUCACAUAAUGAGAGAUCUCUUUGUAGAGAGCGACGUCAUCUCAUUAUCAACUAAAGCCAUGAGUUUUGCUAGUGUAAAGAUACUACCCGGUGAUGGCUUGCCACCUCAUGUUUGCUGCGAUUGUGCUGAUAAACUUGAGGCUGCAUAUGAAUUUAAAUUACAAGUUGAACAAGCUGAUAGUUUGCUUAGAGAAAAAUAUGACAACUUUAACAUCAAAGAAGAACUCAUUUUUAAUGAAGUGGAAGUACGUCCGGAAGAUGAAAGACAUGAAGAAGUUACUGAAAGUCAUCAUGUUGAUGCACAUUAUGAAAUAGCGACUGACAAUUUAAAUUCUGAUAUAACUGCUGUGAAACCCACAUUAUUAAAAGAUCAUUUGGCUUUACUAGAGGUACAAAAACUUUCUCACCAAAAUGAUUUUGCCAUACAGCAUAAUCAUAUUGUUCAAAAUCCUAAUCAUAUAGAAACAGAAGAACAAUAUAUUGUUCAACAAGACAAUCAGAGUACCUGUCAGAUAAUGAAUGAAAAUAUAAAUUCAACAAAUGAUGAAAAUCACGACAAAUCUGAAGUCAUACAUGAAGAAUCUGAAGGAAUAACGAUUGAAGAACACAAUUAUAUGGUCCAACAAGGUUAUAGUUUAUCAAGUGAACAAGAACACGAAUUAAUAAAUCAACAAGUUGAUGAUCAUGACACCACAGAAUAUUUAACUAUAAUAGGAGAAGAUGAAAGAUCUGUGAAAGAAACAGAAGGUCAUUUGAAUAAUAUGGAUAGUGAAAUGACUGAAGUAUAUGUUCAAGAAAAAUGUGAAAAUAAUACACAGAGUAUUGGAGAAAAUAAACAUAAAAUAAUUCAGAAUGAUGGAUCUAAUGAGGAAAAUUAUUUUGGAAAUCUUAAUUUAAGUAGUCGAUUAUCACAUGGUCAAGAAAAUAAGGAAGAUAAAGUGUUUUUUAUGUGUUACUUGUGCGAUAGACAAUUUAUAUCAAAAGAUAUAUUAAAAGAACAUAUGCAUUCUCAUGAAGAAGUAAGACAAGCAUUAAGUUUGAAAAAGACACCAGAAAAAUCGGUGAAAAAUUUGUCGCCCAUUAAAGGACAACCUCCAUCUGGAAAAAAAGCUAAUAAGUGUCCUUAUUGUGGCAAAGAAUAUUUGUAUGUAAUUUCAUUCAAAAAGCACAUUAAACAGCAUCAAAAUAUGAUGCAGUUACCAAAUGAAAAUGAAUUGAAAGAUUUUGUAGAUUCAAUACUACAAGAUGACAAUUCAUUUGAUUCAAAUAACUUUGAUAACAAUGAUACUUUCGAAAUUAUUCCUCAUGAAAAGAGUGAUUCUGAGAAUCAAAAUAGUCACAAUAUGAAAGAAAUGCAGGACCAUGAUUCAAGUCAUAAAUCGAAUCAAAUUGAAAUUUAUUUUGAUGGUACUGGUGAUCAGGUAGUAUGUAAAAAUGAAGAGAAGUUAUUAAUAAAACAUUUAUGUAAUAUUUGUAAUCAAGAAUUUGAUGAUUUUGAAAAACUGAAAGAUCACCGUACCGCUCAUAUACUUGAAGGUACUGCGAGUGAAGAAGAUUUUAAAGAUGGUUUAGAAAAUAUUUGUAAUAAAGAAUUCAGGGCAGAUAAAAAACCAACAGUGAAUAAAGAUAGUAAACCUUCAAUGGAAAUUAAAAAAGAAUCUACUGACUUCAAGUGUCCUAAUUGUAAUUUAUUGUUUGGCAGUAAAAGAUCCUUAACGAAACAUUUGGAAACUCAUGAAGCUGUUCGAUAUCGCUGUAAAAUUUGUGGGGAUGAAUUUACUCAUAAAGAAUAUCUUCGUAAACAUGCUGAACAGCACACUCGAGUAAAAUCAUUUAAAUGUACUGAAUGUAGUAUAAUUUUUGCUAAUGAAUUGACUUUAAGAAAUCAUUUAAUAGCAACGAAUCAUAAGACUACUAUUAAAGGAGAGGAAUAUGAUCCAAACAAAAGAAUCAAAAGAGUAGCAGCUAAGGCAGCACAAAAGAUCAUUGAUAAAAUAAGCACGGAAGUCGGUUUGGAAGAUUCUGAAAAAGAUGAUGAUAAUGAUGAAUUUAUGGUUAAGAUUGAAUCUGUAGGUACAAAAGCUGGAGAGAAAUCUCCAGCAAAGAAAGUGACUAAUAAAAAAAAUCUGGAAUGUGAAACUUGUGGUAAGAAAUGUAUUUCUAAACAAGCUUUAGCUAAACACAUGGAUUGUCAUGUAAAGAACGAAAAACCUGAAAAGGCUGAUAAAUUACAAAAUAAAAUGGAUCCUAAAGAAUCGUCAAAAAAUAUUUUUGGUGAUGAUAGAGACGAUGACGACGAUGAUGAUGAUGAUGACUUUGAUGGUGGAUUAGAUUGGCCUAUGGACAAUCAUGAAUGUUCAACAUGCAAAAAAAGAUACAGUACCAAAAAAUCUUUACUUCGGCAUCAACUUCUUCAUGAAGAACCAAACUUUGAAUGUGAUAUUUGUAAUGUGAAAUUUUACAGAAAAGAUAAGUUAAAGGCACAUUAUGAUAAAUGUUCUGAAAAAAAUCCUAAUCAAGUAAGAAAGUGUAAUAUUUGUGGAGAUACAUUUGAGAACAAUGAAAUCUUACGUGAACAUAGGUCUAAACAUGUUGAUGAAGGUAUUUUAACCGAAGAAGAUCUACGAGAGUUAGAGCCAGGUUCUGAAGAUAGAAAACCAGGGGAAAAAGUUCCAAGAAAGCGAAGAACUGACAUUGUUGGAUUGGAAUGUACUGAAUGUAAUAAACAGUACACAUCACGAAAAGGUCUUUUAAGACACAUUCAAGUUCAUGAAGGUAAAAAAUAUCUCUGCGAUAUAUGUCCCAAAAAAUUCUAUCGUCGUGAACAUUUAAAGAUUCAUGUUGCAAAACACAACAUGGUAAAGCCUUAUAAAUGUAGUCGUUGUUCUAAACGCUUUAUCAAAGAGGAACAACUAGCUGCGCAUGUAACAAAGCAUGAGAGAAAUUUCAAGAAAAAUAAGGAUUCUGAUAGCACUGCUAAAAGAUUCCUUUGUGAAAUUUGUUCAAAGAGUUUUACACAGUCAACUACUUUAGUUGCCCAUUUAAGAGCUCAUAAUGGUAUCAAGCCGUAUGUUUGUGAAGUUUGUGCUAGACCUUUCACAACUAAUGCUUAUUUGAAGAUGCAUAUGCGAACACACACUCAAGAAAGACCUUAUAGCUGUCAAUAUUGCUCGAGAGCUUUUGCUCGAGCUGAUACCUUGGCUAACCACUUGACCUCACAUACAGGUGAAGCCAAAUAUCACUGCAAAUAUUGUCCAAAGCAUUUCCGAAGACUUAAAUCCUUGAAAGAGCAUGUAUUCAUCCAUACAGGACAACGACCUUAUGCUUGCCCCACUUGUGAUAGAAGAUUCAAUAAUAAUGGGAGUCGUUAUGCUCAUAGUAAGAGAUGCAAACAAAACAUGCUCCAGAAUCAAGCGAGACAAAACCAGAUUCAAACUCAAACUCAAGCCGUUGCUCCAUCUCCGAGCCCCGUUCAGCCAACAAUUCGCCUUGCGCAACCAGUAGGACCAACAAUGCAAGUAGUUCAAUCGAAGAAUAUUAAGACUAUUACGAUUACGAGACAACAAGAUCAAGUUGGUACACACCAGAUCAUGCAGCAUCAAGAAAUACUUAUGCCUCUUAUCUUACCUCUAACUGUUACUUUGACUGAUGUUGAUGAUGAAGUUAUUCUUCCUGAAGGAACGAAAAUAUUCACCACCACGUAGUGGCUGAAAAAAUUAUCUCAUGAAAACCAGAUUGCGAAGUUGAAUUUUAAGGAAUAAUUUUUAAAUGUUGUGGAACUGAUUUUUAAAUGUUACAAAAAUAUUGCUUAAUACUUUGGGAGAUAUAUAUAAAAUUAAAAUAUGCUGCAUAAGGGCAUAAUCUUUUAUGUAUAAAUGAAAUUUUAUCUAAGUUAAUCGAAUAAUUUUCUGGGCUGGGAUUUAAGAAAUACAUUUGAUUUUUUAUAAAUUAAACUGAAUAAAUUUUGGUUCAAAAAUAAUUAAGGUUAAUUAUGUGCAGGAGUAGCUACAUAAUAGCUAAAUGAAAUUAAUCAAAUAUUUUGUUGCUCUUUAUAAUAAUUUUUUUUUAUAAAAAUUAUAAAAUUAUCUUAUACUCACAUUAAAAAAAUUGAAUUUUUAUAAAGAGUGUAUUUUAUGUGGCCACUUCUGUAAAUAGUAGGGGUGAUAACAAUUAAGCUCAUCUUUUGUAGACGAAUUAUUAUUGAAUAAUUGUGAUGGAUGUAAAUGAAUCAUAUGUUAUGAAUGUCAGAAUAAGUGUAUUUUGAUGCUAUUUGAUGAUAUGAUAUUAUCAGUAAUAAAAUAUAAUAUUCUAUUUUAAAUAAUAAAUAUAAUGUAUGAAGCUAUUCAGCCUCGAAUUCUCUUAAGUUUUUUUCAUUAAGAAC